UCUGAAAUAACUACAAAAAACAACGCGGUACGCGGUUUCGUAGGUCUUAUAUUUACAUCGAAAGUCUCUAAUGCUGCUCGUAUUUUGGAAGCUCUAGCAGCUAGCGAAAAGAUGUGCAGAGGGUUUUUUUGCGGGGGAGGAGAGAAAAGGCCGUUGAAGGCUACAGGUGUCGGAAAACAGCUGCGUAGAAUUUGUUUUCUCCCUCCCUCUAUCUCUAGCCAGCACCGUGAGCCGGCCAGAAGAAAUGUAUCGUAGCAAGGAUAACCUACUGCACACUGAUAAUGCACCCGCUCCCGUACAGGCUGAUUUGUCCGGACCGGCGCGGUACGGCAGCACAAGCACGAACGCCCCGCCUCCAGCAUCACGGUUUUGGUUUGGAAAUGAUGAAUCUGUGUUGGAACGGUUGCGCCAGGCACGAGAACAUUACCAAGAGCAGGAUCCCCAGACAGUGGCAUCUGCAGUUCUCAACUAUUGUCUAGGGACAAUUGUUUUCACUAUCAUUGUCUUGGCGACAUUUCUCAUUCCUGCUGCUUCCCUCUUAAUAGGUGCUCUGACCAUCAAAAAGUGCCCUCAUGAGCCGAUGAUACCCGUGGUUCUUGUUGUCGGGGGUGCACUGGCGCUCCUGAGCAGUGUUGCCAACAUCGUUGUUCGUUCUGGACGACUCUAUCCGUCCGAAUCCGACCCAGAGGCAAACGAGCGCAAGUUCCUCAUACUGGGGACGGCCACCGGAGUGCUGAACCUCUUCAUGUUCGCUUUCUUCAUACUGGGUUGCGUGGUCGUCUACGGCAGCUUAUGGCCCUCCAAGGAUCCGAACAGUACUGGCUACUGCUCUCCAAUGGCAUUCUACUUCGCAUUUUGGUUCCAUAAUGCCGUGUUCAUUUUCAUCGGGUUCCUGCUGUUUAUUGGGCUUCUGGGGAUGAUCUGUGGUAGCUGCUUCUGCUGAUAACGCAUGUUGCAUGCACGCACGGUUGCCUGUCACAAUUAUUUUGUCAUUUGAUAUACGUACCUCACGUACACAUACACGUUUCUGAGAUCUGUCCAGGACUUGCUGAGAUCGUUUCAGGACUUGGGAGUUCACCAGCCUUUUUGAGAAGCAGCCUAUAUUCAAGCAAGUAAUUUAGAUCUUAUCAUCUUAUGUAAAUAGAGAAACAUACGAGUGAUAGAAUACAUACAGCUGUUUUGUUUUCGUGUGGCUGCUUGGCGAGCAUAUGUCAAACAUGUACAUCAAGUUUUGUGUUGACCUGUUUUCUUUUU